UGAGGUGCAUGAAAAGUAUUUGAAUCUAAGCAAAUUAAGGGCUACCACUACGGUCGUUCCCCCGGGCCUCCGCCGGGCCAGCGGGGGCUUGGAGGUGGAUGGGCAGCGGUGCCCGCCGAACGCCCGGGUGUGGGCUGUCCCUGGCCGACAGGUACUGGGUCUGGGGGUGGGCGAAUGUGCGCCGGCCUUGUCCCGGAACGCAGGGCUCCUGUUUGUGCUCUUAUGUAUAAGCGAGAGAACGGGGCUUCCUGGUGCCAGCAGAGUAGAAAAGAGGGAGGAGGAAAAGGAUGGGGUCUUUGGUAUUGGCUCGCUCUUUCUUAACCUCGCCUCUCUCUUUCUUCUUCUCUCCUGUCUCUUUCCCUCUCGCUUCUUCUGUCUUCUCUUCCUCCCUCUCCCUCUUGCUGUUGUUUUUGAGUCCCCCUUUUUUCUUCUCCAGUGCGAAGCUCCUGUAAAGGAUUUGCCUUCUCCUCAAGGUGUCUACUUUAAAAUACGCGGGGAAAGCGGCAAAGGAGAGUAAGGGUGUGGGCGUGGAGAAGAUAACCUUUAACUCUUGCUUUGUAGUUACUGGAAACCUUGGUGGCGUAGUGGUUAAGAGUUUGGCUGUUAACCAAAAGAUCAGCAGUUCGAAUCCAGCAGCUGCUCCUUGGUAAACCCUAUGGGGCCGUUCUGUUCUGGCUAAUAGGAUUGCUAUGAGUCACAAUUGGCUUGGUAGCAACGGAUAUAAUUUUGGUAGUUACUGCUGCGGGGGGAGGGUAGGGAGAAGAAGGAAGAGGGCCCUCCAGGUCUGGGCUUGAGUUGUUAGUUUCUGGUUGAUGGUCCUGCCCUCUUGGUGGUGUUUUGUGUGUGGAAUGCAUCUUGCAUGUGGCAUUGGUGGUAUGGCCAGAGCUAGAAGACCGGGUUUGUCCAGGACUUUGCAAGGGAGUAGCUUUGCAAUCUUGGGCAAGGUUUAUCUCCUGGAGCCUCAGUGUCCUCUCUGGUAAAGCCAAUGGUUGUGAGGAUCAAAUACAAUAAUGGAUGGGAAGAAAGGGCUGUAUGGCCCAUAAAAAAAACAAAACUAAACUAAAACAAAUACUGGUGCUCCUUCCAUCCGUACUGUAUCUAGACGGAUGGCAAGGUUACCUCAACCACCUUAACCCACCCCGUCACCACUUGUGAGGGCUGUUAGAUUAAAAGGGAGUGGACUGAAUAAGGACCUGGGUAUCAGUGUGUAUAGCAUUGUUUUUGGCCUGGCCAGGACAGGCCAGACAGAGGCUUAAGGUAAAAAGUGCCCAGCCCAGGGCCUGGCCCAUAGUGGACACAGGGGCGUUGUUUUGUUUGUUUGUUUCGAUCUGUAUCUGGAGUGAGUCACUGCCACUUGUCAAUGUGAAAUGGCAAAUCUGGGCUUCCUGUGGUUGGAAAUCCACAAGUGAGCUGGUGGUUGGAGCUGAUCAAAGGACAGCCCAGGUGUUCUAGAAGUGUUUGGGAAUCCCUUUCAUGAUGGAGAGGAGACAAUUUAUGGAUAGAUCUCACACGUGCCUUCAGCAUUCUUUUUCGAAGGAGGCAAUCGUUAAAUUUUGAAUAGGACCAGUUAUAGUCCAUCUUAUCUCUCUUUAGCCAUCUUGAGUUAGGACCUGGAAGAGGAGGAGAUAGGUCCUUUCAGCUUUUUAUGUCCUCUCCCUUUCCCUGGUUUCCUUCUCCCUGACCCCCCCUUCACUCACAUGCAUACACUAACCUUGAAGCUGAUGAGAUUGGGUGACUGGCACUUGAGACCACAGAGAAAUGUCAGAGUGUUUGGUUACAGACUCGAGGAAAGCUCUCAUUUUAGAGUGCUCAUUUGGUUUUAAGCAAAAUUUUGGACCGUGAAUCAAGGUACUGGGUGAAGACAAAAUGGCCUCGCCGGCGGACAGUUGUAUCCAGUUCACCCGCCAUGCCAGUGAUGUUCUUCUCAACCUUAACCGCCUCCGGAGCCGUGACAUCUUGACUGAUGUUGUCAUUGUGGUGAGCCGUGAGCAGUUCAGAGCCCAUAAGACAGUCCUGAUGGCCUGCAGUGGCCUCUUCUACAGCAUCUUCACAGACCAGUUGAAAUGCAACCUUAGUGUGAUCAACCUGGAUCCUGAGAUCAACCCUGAGGGGUUCUGCAUCCUCUUGGACUUCAUGUACACAUCUCGGCUUAAUCUACGGGAGGGCAACAUCAUGGCUGUGAUGGCCACGGCCAUGUACCUGCAGAUGGAACAUGUGGUGGACACUUGCCGAAAGUUUAUCAAGGCCAGUGAAGCAGAGAUGGUUCCUGCCAUUAAGCCUCCCCGUGAGGACUUCCUUAGCAGCCGGAUGCUGAUGCCCCAAGAUAUCAUGGCCUAUCGAGGUCGUGAGGUGGUGGACAACAAUUUGUCACUGAGGAAUGCCCCUGGGUGUGAGAGCAGAGCCUUUGCCCCCAGUCUGUACAGUGGCCUGUCCACCCCACCAGCCUCCUAUCCCAUGUACAGCCACCUCCCGGUCAGCAGCUUCCUCUUCUCCGACGAGGAGCUGCGAGAUGCCCGCAUGCCCAUGGCCAACCCCUUCCCUAAGGAGCGGGCCCUGCCCUGUGACAGUGCCAGGCCAGUUCCCAGCGAGUACAGCCGGCCGGCCAUGGAGAUGUCCCUCAAUGUGUGCCAUAGCAACAUCUACUCGCCCAAGGAGGCAGUUCCUGAGGACACACGGAGUGACAUGCACUACAGUGUGGCUGAGGGCCCCAAGCCUGCUGCCCCCUCGGCCCGGAACCCCCCGUACUUCCCGUGUGACAAGGCCAGCAAGGAGGAAGAGAGGCCCUCCUCAGAGGACGAGAUUGCCCUGCAUUUCGAGCCCCCCAAUGCGCCCCUGAACCGGAAGGGUCUGGUGAGUCCGCAGAGCCCACAGAAGUCUGACUGCCAGCCCAACUCGCCCACAGAGUCCUGCAGCAGCAAGAAUGCCUGCAUCCUUCAGACCUCUGGCUCCCCUCCAGCCAAGAGCCCCACUGACCCCAAAGCCUGCAACUGGAAGAAAUACAAGUUCAUUGUGCUCAACAGCCUGAACCAGAAUGCCAAACCCGAGGGCCCUGAGCAGGGGGAGCUGGGCCGCCUUUCCCCUCGAGCCUACACUGCACCCCCUGCUUGCCAGCCACCCAUGGAGCCCGACAGCCUUGACCUCCAGUCUCCCACCAAGCUCAGCAUUGGCGGGGAGGACUCCACCAUCCCACAGGCCAGCCGGCUCAAUAACAUUGUCAACAGGUCCCUGACCGGCUCCCCCCGAAGCAGCAGCGAUAGCCACUCACCGCUGUACACGCACCCGCCCAAGUGUACCUCCUGCGGCUCUCAGUCCCCGCAGCAUGCGGAGAUGUGCCUCCACACCGCCGGCCCCACAUUCCCAGAGGAGCUGGGGGAGACCCAGUCUGAGUACUCGGAUUCCAGCUGUGAGAAUGGGGCCUUCUUCUGCAAUGAGUGUGACUGCCGCUUCUCUGAGGAGGCCUCGCUCAAGAGGCACACCCUGCAGACCCACAGUGACAAACCCUACAAGUGUGACCGCUGCCAGGCCUCCUUCCGCUACAAGGGCAACCUUGCCAGCCACAAGACCGUCCAUACGGGUGAGAAGCCCUAUCGUUGCAACAUCUGUGGGGCCCAGUUCAACCGGCCAGCCAACCUGAAAACCCAUACUCGAAUUCACUCUGGAGAGAAGCCCUACAAAUGCGAAACCUGUGGAGCCAGAUUUGUACAGGUGGCCCAUCUCCGUGCCCAUGUGCUUAUCCACACUGGCGAGAAGCCCUAUCCCUGUGAAAUCUGUGGCACUCGUUUCCGGCACCUCCAGACUCUGAAGAGCCACCUGCGAAUUCACACGGGGGAGAAACCUUACCAUUGUGAGAAGUGUAACCUGCAUUUCCGUCAUAAAAGCCAGCUGCGUCUUCACUUGCGUCAGAAGCAUGGCGCCAUCACCAACACCAAGGUGCAGUACCGCGUGUCCGCCACUGACCUGCCUCCGGAGCUCCCCAAAGCCUGCUGAAGCAUGGAGUGUUGAUGCUUUCCUCUUGAGCCCCUUCUCAGAAUCUACCCAAAGGAUACUGUAACACUUUACAAUGUUCAUCCCAUGACGUAGUGCCUCUUUCAUCCACUAGUGCAAAUCAUAGCUGGGGGGAGGGGGAGGGCCGGGGUAGGGGCAGGAGGGGCUGGGAGCAAAGAUAGCUCCCCUUCCCCCAUUGCCGUAAAACAUUAAGAAAAUAAUAUUGCUUCUUCUCCUAUGUGUAAGGCAAACCAUGUCAGCAAAAAGCAAACUGAUUUUCUCUAUCAAAGUGGGGGAGUAUGCAAGAGUUCUGACUUGACCUAGUCUGCAAAAUGAGGAAUGUAUAUGUUUGUGGGAACAGAUUUUUUUUUUUUUGUAUGUAAAUGUGCAUUCUUUUAAAAGACGAGACUUCAGUAUGUUAUCAAAGAGAGGGCUUUAAUUUUUUUAACCAAAGGUGAAGGAAUAUAUGGCAGAGUUGUAAAUAUAUAAAUAUAUAUAUAUAUAAAAUAAAUAUAUAUAAACCUAAAAAAAAGAUAUAUUAAAAAUAUAAAGUUGCGUUAAAGGCUCGAUUUUGUAUCUGCAGGCAGACACGGAUCUGAGAAUCUUUAUUGAGAAAGAGCACUUAAGAGAAUAUUUUAAGUAUUGCAUCUGUAUAAGUAAGAAAAUAUUUUGUCUAAAAUGCCUCAGUGUAUUUGUAUUUUUUUGCAAGUGAAGGUUUACAAUUUACAAAGUGUGUAUGAAAAAGAAAAAGAACAACAACAAAAAAAGCUCCAGAAGGAAAAAAAAUGUGUAAUUUUGUUCUAGUUUUCAGUUUGUAUAUACCUGUACAACGUGUCCUCAUGGUGCCUUUUUUCAUGGAAGUUUUCGAUGAUGGAUGAACGCACGCCAUCCCUUUUUGAAGUGUAGGCAGACACAGGAACUUGAAGUUGUCACUGACUAAGCUCUCUUUGGGAACGUUUGUCUCAUCACAUCCUUCGUCAUGCUUGUGUUAUAACUACUCCGGAGACAGGGUUUGGCUGCGUCUAAACUGCAUUACUGCGUUGUAAAAUAUAGCUGUACAAAUACAAGAAUAAAAUAUUGAAAAGUCAA